ACUGCUUAGCUUAUUAGCAUGUCGUGCAAUAGUAUGGGCCUUGCCAGCUUAGCUUAUCUUGGGCCUUAAAUACUUGGGCCUCGUAUCGUAAAAAAGGGUGCAUUUCCCUACGGGUUACGGCUAUCAUCAGCGUCAGCCUCUGCAUGCCUUGUCCAACACUUGUCUGGCAAUAGCAACAGUACAGUACAAUAGUACUCUCAUGCACCGGUGACCGAUGCGCUGACUGGCUGCAUGGCAUGGCAUGGAGGAGGCUUUGGCUUUGGAGUAUAUAUAGGGGCUGCUUGCUACACCUUGACGGAGGCAAAUGCAAUUGCAAUUGAAGAGCGCGCAGAGGAGAGCACGCAUGGCCGCCGAGUUGCUUCUGCCCAGCCGCCUUAUCAUUCCUCUCCUCCUCCUCCUCCUCACCUCAGCCGCCGCAGCCACCGCCACGGACGACCGUCUGCGUGCACAGGCCGCCCUCCUUGUCCACGCCUUCUCUCCGCCUCUCCAGCCGCCGUUGCGCGCCACCUGGACCGUCGCCAACCACGCCUCCCUCUGCUCCUCCUGGCCCGCCGUCCGCUGCGCCCCCGACAACCGCACCGUCGUCUCCCUCGACCUCUCCUCCUACAACCUCUCCGGCGCGCUCUCCCCUGCCAUCGGCCGCCUCCGGGGCCUCCGCUUCCUCUCCCUUGCCGCCAACUCUCUGUCCGGCGAACUACCUCCCACCAUCGCCGCCCUCCCAAACCUGCGUCACCUCAACCUCUCCAACAACCAAUUCAACAGCACCCUGGCCGCUCUCCGCUUCUCCACCAUGACCAGUCUCGAGGUCCUGGACGUCUACGACAACGACCUCUCCGGCCCGCUCCCGGACGCCGGCCUCACCACCCUCCCGAGCCUCCGCCACCUCGACCUCGGUGGCAACUUCUUCUCCGGCAGCAUCCCGCCAAGCUUCGGUCGCCUCGGAGCCAUCGACUUCCUUUCGGUCGCCGGCAACAGUCUCGGUGGCCGCAUCCCGCCCGAGCUUGGGAACCUCACCACCCUGCGCCACCUCUUCCUCGGCUACUACAACCAGUUCGACGGCGGCAUCCCGCCGGAGCUCGGUCGCCUCGCCAGCCUGGUGCACCUCGACAUGGCCAGCUGCGGCCUGCAGGGGGAGAUCCCGGCGUCGCUCGGCGGCCUCGCCAGCCUCGACACGCUCUACCUGCAGACCAACCAGCUGAACGGCACGCUCCCGCCCGCGCUCGCCAACCUCACCGCCCUCAGGUUCCUCGACGUCUCCAACAACGCGCUCACCGGGGAGAUCCCGCCCGAGCUCGCCGCUCUCACGGACCUCCGCCUGUUCAACAUGUUCAUCAAUCGCUUCCGUGGCAGCAUCCCUGAGUUCAUCGCCGACCUCCGCUCGCUCCAGGUCCUCAAGCUGUGGCAGAACAACUUCACGGGCGCCAUCCCCGCGGCUCUCGGCCGUGCAGCACCGCUCCGCGAGGUGGACCUCUCCACCAACAGGUUGACCGGCGAGGUGCCGCGCUGGCUCUGCGCGCUUGGCGAGCUCCAGAUCCUCAUCCUCCUCGACAACUUCCUCUUCGGGCCGGUGCCGGAGGGGCUCGGCGCGUGUCGGACACUGACGCGGGUCCGCCUGGGCCGGAACUACCUCACCGGCCCGCUCCCCCGCGGCUUCCUCUACCUGCCGGCGCUGACCACGGUGGAGCUGCAGGGCAACUACCUGACGGGGCAGCUCCACGACCACGAGGACGCCGGCGGCAGCAGCCCGCUGUCGUUGCUGAAUCUCUCCAGCAACAGGUUCGACGGCUCGCUCCCGGCGUCCAUCGGCAACUUCUCCUCCCUGCAGACGCUCCUGCUCAGCGGCAACCAGUUCACCGGUGAGAUCCCGCGUGAGGUCGGCCAGCUCAGGCGGCUUCUUAAGCUGGACCUAAGCGGCAACAACCUGACCGGCGAGGUCCCUGGCGAGGUCAGUGAGUGCGCGUCGCUGACGUACCUAGACCUGAGCGUGAACCAGCUCUCCGGCGCUAUGCCAGCGCGGCUGGUGCAGAUCAGGAUGCUCAACUACCUCAACGUGUCGUGGAACAAGCUGAACGGCAGCAUACCGGCGGAGAUGGGCGGAAUGAAGAGCCUGACGGCCGCCGAUCUGUCCCACAACGACUUCUCCGGCCGCGUGCCCCAGAACGGGCAGUUCGCCUACUUCAACGCGUCGUCGUUCGCGGGUAACCCGCGGCUGUGCGGACUGGAGGCGGACCCGUGCAGCCUGACGCCCGGCGGGCCGCAGGUCUGGCCCUCAGGCAGCGGCGGGCAGGCGGCGAGGCGGGCGCCGGUGAUGUGGAGGCUGAAGCUGGCGGCGGCGCUGGGGCUGCUGGCGUGCUCGGUGGCGUUCGCGGCAGCAGCGGUGGCGACGACCCGAUCGGCGAUGGUGCGGAGGCGGCGGUCGGGGUGGCAGAUGACGGCGUUCCAGAAGGUGCGGUUCGGGUGCGAGGACGUGGUGCGGUGCGUGAAGGAGAACUGCGUGGUGGGGCGUGGCGGGGCAGGGGUGGUGUACGCCGGGGAGAUGCCCGGCGGGGAGCGCGUGGCAGUGAAGCGGAUCGUGGCGGUGGGUGACGGCGGGUUCUCGGCGGAGGUGCAGACGCUGGGGAGGAUCCGGCACCGGCACAUCGUGCGGCUGCUGGCCUUGUGCUGGAGCGCGGAGGCGAAGCUGCUGGUGUACGAGUACAUGGCGGGGGGCAGCCUGGGCGAGGCGCUGCACCUGCGCGGCGGCAUGCCGUGGGCGGCGCGGCUGCGGGUGGCGACGGAGGCGGCCAAGGGGCUGUGCUACCUCCACCACGACUGCUCGCCGGCCAUCCUGCACCGCGACGUCAAGUCCAACAACAUCCUGCUGGACGCGCAGCUGGAGGCGCACGUCGCCGACUUCGGCCUCGCCAAGUACCUGCGCGGCGGUGCGUCGGAGUGCAUGUCCGCCAUCGCCGGCUCCUACGGCUACAUCGCGCCAGAGUAUGCGUACACGCUGAAGGUGGACGAGAAGAGCGACGUAUACAGUUUUGGAGUGGUGCUGCUAGAGCUGCUGACGGGGCAAAAGCCGGUGGGAGAGCACCUGCAGGAGGAGGAGGCGGUGGACCUGGUGCAAUGGGUGCGGGCGCGCAGCAAGGACAAGGAGGAGGGGGUGUGGCGGGUGCUUGACCGGCGGCUGGGCGGCGACGUGCCGCCAGGGGAGGCCACGCAGAUGUUCUUCGUGGCGAUGCUGUGCGUGCAGGAGCACAGCGUCCAGCGCCCCACCAUGCGCGAGGUCGUCCAGAUGCUCGAGCAGGCAAAGGCAAAGGCAAACCACCCCUCCACCUCCACCCAAUAAUCAUCAUUAUUAUUAUUCCUUAAUUAAUUAAUGUUAUUAUAUAUAUAUAUAUUAUACACCAUCGAAUGCUUAAUUACCUCCUCUGCUUUGCAUGCCUGGUGACAACGUACGUACCUGCAUUAAUUCGCCUUGCGUGCGUACGUACACUGCUUAACUCCCGCUAUAGCUUCCUGAAUUGCUGAAGACAACUGUGAUUUAA